AUGCAUCCAUCAGCAUCUCCUGUGUUGAAACUCCCCGUCGAGCUCAUCCUGGCCAUCCUCCUCGUCCUGCCCGACAUCUCAACCCUGCAAUCCAUCGUCCUCGCGCACAGCUGGUUCUACCUCGUCUUUCGCGAAAACCGCGAUGCCAUCAUAACGCAUCUCCUGACCACGCUGGUUUCCGCGGAGCUGCUCCCGCAGGCCCUCGCCGUGCGGGAAUCGUCUCGCGUCCAGUCCUGGACGGACGACAAGGUCGCGAGGGUUCUCGCGCGGUUCCGUGACGAUCGUCGUAUCGUCCGGCUUCUGGGGCUCAGCCUUGCGGAUGCGCUCGCCAUCGAGAGCCUGCAUCGCUGCGUCUGUUCCUUCGUGGACAAGUUUGCGUCGGCGGCGUUGUCGGUGCACCCCUUUACGGAGCGUCCAGAGACCCCGUCUCCGCUGUCUGUGUCCGAAUGGCGACAUGUCGCGGGCGCCUUUUACCGAGCAGAGCUUUGUACGAACCUCCUUCGCCCGCGCGAUGGGCAGGAAUCCGUCCUGGGUGACGACAGCAAAGUGGCGUUUCCUUACAGCGGCGUCCCCGGCGUCAAGGACGUGUUGCUUCGGCAUUUCCACAUCUGGGAGAUUGAGCAGCUCGGCUGUGUUGGCGAGUUUGUAUAUCGCGAGCUGGGAAGACGUUCGGGCGGAGAUUGUGGGAUCUCCUGGGGCCGGUCUAACCCCGAACAUACGGAUAUCGUUGUCUGGGAGAGCCAGAAACGUCAAUUCUUCUGGCGUGGCCUGCAGUUCUUGCACUCGCUGUUUGCUUCGGAGAGCGUCACCAAGCGCUGUGUGUUCUUGGCCACUAAGUUCCAUUCGAGUCGAUAUUACCUACAGAAUGCUGCAUGGCACGCAGAUAGUGAAUGGGAUAACUCUCCUCAGAACAUAUCUGACGACACCGACCACCGUGUGGAAGUCGUCUUUGGCGCUCGCCUGAACGAGGAUUCCGGACACAGGGCCAGCGGAGGCAUUUGCAUGGGUGUCAGACCUCCUGCGACGAACGGACGUAGUCUGCAGUCUCACGCCUCUCAGUUUUCGUGA